ACACUCGGUCUCCGUCGGAAAUUCAAUUAUAGGGUUCUGAGUAUACUCAUCCAAAUUCCAGCACACAUGGCCUCUCAUUCGGCCAAUCUGUGGGUGCUGCUGGGAUUGGGCUUGGCUGGAAUUUUACUUGUCACGAGAAAGCUCAGGAAAGCGGUAAGGGAGGACUUUGGCGCGUUUAUCGAGAAGUUUCAGCUGCUUCCGCCUCCUCCGCCUCCUCCGCCGAAAGCACCCCACCCCCUCACUGGCCUCACCUUCGCUGUUUCCGACGUAUUUGACAUAGAUGGGCAUGAGACUGGAUUUGGUCAUCCGGACUGGGUGAAGACACAUGAAAAAGCUUCUUGGACAUCUCCCGUGGUUACUACUCUUGUUGAAGGAGGUGCCACUUGCAUUGGAAAAACUGUUGUGGACGAACUAGCUUAUGGUAUUAGUGGAGAAAAUAAGCAUUAUGGUACACCUGAAAAUCCUGCAGCAUCUGGAAGACUGCCAGGUGGAUCCUCUAGUGGAGCUGCUGUGGCUGUGGCUGCUAAUCUUGUUGACUUCUCAUUGGGUGUUGAUACUGUUGGUGGGGUGAGAAUACCUGCUGCAUUUUGUGGCAUUCUAGGAUUCCGACCCUCACAUGGGGCUGUUUCUCACGUGGGUAUUAUACCUAUUUCAACAAGCCUUGAUACAAUUGGAUGGUUUGCUAAGGAUCCUAAUAUCCUUCGUCGUGUUGGCCAUGUGCUACUGCAACUUCCAUAUGCAGUUCAACGCAGUCCCAGACAAAUUAUAAUUGCAGAUGAUUGCUUUCAACACUUAAAGAUUCCUGUUGACAGAGUUGCUCAGGUGGUCAUCAAAUCUACCGAGAAGCUUUUUGGAAGACAAUUAUUGAAGCAUGAAAAUGUCGAGGGCUAUCUCAAGUCUAAAGUCCCAAGUUUGAAAGAGUUUCACAGCAAGAAAUCAAAUGGUGAAUUCAAAACUUCUUCAACGAGUUUGAUUGCAAAUGUUAUGCAGUUUCUUCAAAGACAUGAGUUCAAACAAAAUCAUGCGGAAUGGAUUAGCUUGGUUAAACCUGUUUUAGAUCCUGCCAUCUCAGCUCAAAUAUAUGAAACACUGGAGAUACUGGAUACAGUUAUCUACAGAUCUAUCAGGGAUGAAAUGCGUUCAGCUAUCCAGUAUCUUUUGAAGGAUGAUGGAAUUCUGGUGAUCCCUACCAUUGCUGAUCCUCCUCCAAAACUUGGUGGGAAGGAGAUCUUAUCGGAGAGCUACCAGAGCCGUGCAUGUAGUUUGUUGAGUAUUGCUAGCGUAUCAGGUUGCUGUCAGGUCACAAUACCUCUAGGAUUUCACAACAAGUGCCCUAUUUCAGUAUCCUUCAUAGCCAGGCAUGGGGGUGACCGCUUUUUACUAGAUACCGUCCAUACCAUGUAUACAUCUCUGCAGGAGCAGGUUGACAUUGCUUCCAAAUCUAAAGUAUCAAAAAAUGUUGUCAGCAAGGAGCAGUCUGCUGAGAUUGCUAAAGAAAAGGGCAAUGAAGCAUUCAAAGAUAAGCAAUGGCAGAAGGCUAUUGGCUUUUAUACAGAAGCUAUUAAGCUUAGUGGCACUAUUGCAACGUAUUACAGUAACAGGGCAUUAGCAUAUCUGGAGCUGGGAAGUUACCUCCAAGCUGAGGCAGAUUGUAAUCAAGCAAUCACUCUUGAUAAAAAGAAUGUAAAGGCCUAUUUACGUAGAGCCACAGCAAGAGAGAUGCUCGGCUAUUAUAAGGAAGCAAUCGAAGAUUUUAGAUAUGCACUUGUCCUUGAGCCAACAAAUAAAAGAGCAUCACAAUCUGUUGAAAGAUUAAGGAAGCUAUUUCAGUAGAUUAUGCAAGAUUAAGCAAACUUCUUGGAGGCUCAAGAACUGGUUCUCAUCCUGCAGACCCACAGAUCCUUUAAAAUGGUUGAUGAUUGGCAUACCUCGCAACAAUCUCAUCGACAAUUACGAGCAAGGGGGGAGAAUAUUUUCCUAACGGAGAGAAAAGGGAAAAUACAAGAACAACAUUUUCUUUCUUUUAUCGGAGUUGGUAUUAUUUUGUUGCUUGAUAUAAAUUAUGGGAUUAUAGUUCAAUUUUGUUUAUUUUAGAAUUUUGCAUUCAGGAUGUACUGCUAGUUUUGAGGAGAGGUUAAAUUCUUAUGGUUGGUAUAGCUUGGAGAUAACUUAUUGUGGAAUUGAUGGUUCUUCAUAGUGCACUUUGCCAAUUAAGUUGUCAA